CUGCAUUGCUCUAUUCUACUUUUUGCAGAAGUGACUAGCUACAGUACGCCAGCGAAACUUAUCGCGCCGGGACUCGUUGUACCAGGAACACUCUCCAUCACAGCCACUGACCUCUUCUUUGAUGCUGAUGAGGAGAAUCCAUUGUACAAGAAACAAGAUCCAAAGGCCCUUAUUGGGCCGGAAGAUGUAUAG